AUGGGUCUUGUCCUCUCCUCUGCAUCCAAUCAAGAUCUUUGGGUCUCCUUAGAAUCCAUGUUUGCUUCCCACCCCCAUGCCAAAGAAUUCCAAAUUUGUUUUCAGCUUACUAAUAUGUCCAGAGGAGACCUCUCCAUUUUAGACUAUUUUGGAAAAGUGCGUCUUCUAGCCGAUUCCUUGGCUACAACAGGAAAUCCUCUUCCUGAUAAGGAAAUAGUUACCUAUCUUCUAAUUGGUCUAGGAUCUUCUUACGAGUCAUUCAACACAUUUGUUACCACCAGAGCUGCACUUCUCUCCUCUAAUGACCUAUAUCAGCUCUUACUUAUUCAAGAAGCUCGGGCUUCUCAUUCUACACAAAGUCCCAUCUCCUCUGUUGAACCUAGCGUCAAUUUCAGUACUACUGGAGGACGGGACCAACGUGGUCGUGGUGCUGCUCGUAGUGGACAUCAGGGCAGAGGUCGUGGUCGCUAUCCCUUCCACAAUCGAGGUGGCAGAACCUUUUCCUCCAACAAUCCUUCACCUCACUACACAGCCCAACGUCCCACUUGCCAGGUCUGCAACAAGUCAGGCAUGGUGCUCUACAGUGGUGACACAGAUUUGAUCAUUCCUUUCAAUUUGAUGCUCUGA